UUGAAAUCGAAUUCUGAGAGCGUUAUCCUUUAUCCUUUUAUUGUGCUUUGUAUCUUCUCCUACUUUCAGCUCAUAUGCUUUUUUCUUGUGGAAUUUCGAACGUCAUCGGAUGUCGAGAAUCGCGACGACAUUAAUCUGGUGCGGUUGGUAAUGAUGACAUUCAUUGAUUAUAAGAAAAACCUAUGGAUGACUGUGAGUGCGAUGUGUGCGUCGCUAUCGACAAGUGCCAUCAUUGUGCUCUUUUACAACAUCUAUUGGCCUAACAUGAACAGACUAACAAAAACCGUGGUCUGUGUGGUGGAUACGGUGGCAUUUCUUUCGCUACCAUUCCUGCUAGGCGCCCGUAUGAUGAUUGCGCUGAAUCUGACUACCUAUGUAGAACCAUCACUCCGAGCCGCUUCUCGUCUUGUCCCUACUAAUGGACUGAUGGAUGAGCUAAAAUGCUCAGUUGUUCCCAAGGAAUCGCUUCCUCUCUGUAGUGUCAUUGUCGAGAGGUCGAUCUUCCCAGUGGUUGUUCUGAAGUUUCUGAUUGUGCUCUGCGUGCUCACUGCGGCUUAUAUUCUUCUUGCCUAUCUUAUCGAAUAUUGUAUUCGUCACUGGUUUCCACCUUCUGAUCAAGACGAAGCGGCAAAACGUGUUCUGGUCGAAACGGCUUAG